AUGGUUCAUAAAGAUCGUACGUCAGAGUUUAAUACACUGGCAGAGACAUUGAGGAAGAGACAGGAACAGAAUGGACAGAUGAUUAAGAAACAACAUCCACAUCAGAAGUUGUCUCAAUUCUCAAUGGCUGCUGCACAUAUUAGUAAAGGUGUCUAUGAGACAUCAGAGAAGUUACACAAGUUGACAAAGUUGGCCAAGAAGAACUCUAUAUUUAAUGAUCCAUCGGCUGAUAUUGAGGAGUUGACAUUCAUCAUUAAACAAGAUAUACAGAAUUUGAACAAGGAGAUAUCGACAUUGGGUCAACUAUCAAAGCAAUCAAGGAACAACAAACAGACAGAAGAGCAUUCAGAGACUGUUGUAGGAUUCCUCAACCUAAAGCUUGUCAACACUACAAAGGAGUUUAAAGAUAUAUUAGAAGUUAGAACAGAGAACUUAAAGACACAACAAGAGAAAAAGCAAAAGUUUAGCUACAGUUUCAAUAACAACAAUAAUGGCAAUGGCAACAAUAGCUCUCAUAUGACGCCAUUGCUGCAAGACGUAGACUCAGGUUCGGCCACAUCCAAUAACAAAUCAUCGUCAGAGAUGCGCCACCGUGACUCAGCAUUGUACAAAUACCAGGAUGAUCAAGGUACAGGCGGCGACUUGGAGAUAGCGAUGCCAAUGUCCGUCCAGACACAUGACUACUCUCAGUCGCGACUGCGAACUGCCGAGACGAUCUCUUCAACAAUCCACCAACUCGAGACCAUCUUCCAUCAACUGGCCAACCUGGUUCAGGUGCAGGGCGAGGUCAUCGAGCGUAUCGACUCCAACAUUGACGACUCCUUGCUCAACAUUGGCAGAGGACAUGACUCCCUACUCAAGACCCUGACCGACAUAUCAUCCAAUCGAAGUCUGAUCUUCAAGAUAUUCCUUGUUCUGAUCAUAUUCAUCGUCAUCUUUGUAGUAUUCUUUGUAUAG